AUGCCUAACGAAACCGACAAUUUUGACCCGCUCUCCCUUGCUAUUGCGCCUCCACCUGACGAAACACCAGAGGAACGAAUAGUUCGAGAACUCGCGGAGAGAGAGGCCGUGUUGCGGAGCCGCGAAAUCGAUGCAGAACUGAAAGCGGCGAAGGUUGCGAUGAAGCGUUAUAAAAACGCUAUAAAAAUACUUGUGUUAGGUCAAAGUUUGAGUGGCAAGUCAACUACAAUCAAAAACUUUCAGAGGAAAUAUGCCCAGAAAGCAUGGGCAGAUGAGCGCGCGACAUGGAAGGCCAUCAUACUAUUUAAUCUAGUUCGGUCUGUGAACAUCAUGAUCGAUGCCUUGAAUCGCGCGCCGGUUUACGAUCCUCAGAAACAGGCUGCCUCUCCCAUAAUUGCCCUCGGGGGUGCUCUUCUAGCCGAAAGACAUCAAAGCAUAAUCCUUCGCCUAGCUCCACUACGGGAAGUCGAAAAGGAUUUGAAGCUUUUCCUAGGCGCAGGCGCAACUGAGGUCGAAGCCCAAACCUAUACCACCCCAAAUGAACAGAACCAGGUCAUGUUCGAAUUCAAGAAAAGUAAUACGCAAGAGUUCUGUGUGCGGUCAUCUUCGGGUUGGAGGGGCGUCAUUGACCGAAUCAAAACUUCCCAGAAUGGGAAAGAAUCGCAGGUUCAUCGGGUAGUUUCUCAAGUAGUUGACAGUUGCAAAGCAGACAUCCUAUGGCUUUGGAAGGAUCCAGUGACGCAGAGUAUUCUUCACAGUCAAAGACUAAGACUAGAAGAUUCUCCUGGAUUUUUUAUCGAUGAUAUCGAUAGGAUCGUUGCUACCGAUUAUGAACCAUCCGAUCACGACAUCAUGCGCGCUCGUUUGCGAACGACAGGCGUUCAAGAACAUCACUUCAUGCUCGACCGAACCAAUGGAACAAAGCUCGACUGGAUUAUGUAUGACGUAGCAGGAAUUCGCACUUCACGAGCAGCUUGGGUUCCAUACUUCAAAGAAGUGACCGGGCUCUUGUUUUUGGCUCCAAUUUCCGCGUUCAAUGAGCGUCUGGAAGAAGACACUAGUAUAUUCAGGCUAGAAGACACCUUUAUGCUGUGGAAAACUCUAUGUGGCAACAAACUUUUGUCCAGAGUUCAACUUAUCUUGUUUUUGAACAAAACCGAUUUAUUGAGGAAGAAACUUGAACAAGGUAUCCUGGUCAAAAAAUAUAUGCCUGAAUUCGAUAAAGAAAAUACCUAUGAAAACGUGGCGACAUGGUUCCGUAAAAUCUUUAAGAAGUAUUUCAUUCAGCAUUCAGAACCGGGGCGUUCGUUUAUAUCCCAUUUUACAUCCGUCAUAGAUACGGAAGCGACCUCUGUGACAUUAAUUGCCGUUCAGUCAGCGAUUUUACAGCACGAUAUGGCCGAAGUUGGUCUCCUGUAG